CUUCUCCUCUCACACAUUUUGCAAUGCUGCACUUACUCCCUAUUUCCACCUUACUACUAGUGGCGCGAGCCUUAGCGCUACCCUCUGCGCAUAGCGAAUCUAAACCCUUACCACUGCUUAUCUGGCACGGCCUAGGCGACAACUACGCUGCAGAUGGUCUGCAAAGCGUCGGCGAACUCGCAAACGAGACAGUUCCGGGCACUUAUGUUUAUUACAUCCGACUCGACGAAGAUCCUGGAAGCGACCGAACUGCAACAUUUUUGGGCAAUGUGACUGAGCAGAUUGCUCAAGUUUGCGACGACAUCCUGGAACAUGAAGUCUUGUCGCAAGCGCCAGGCCUCAACGCGAUGGGCUUCUCACAAGGCGGACAGUUUCUUCGGGGCUUGGUGGAAAGAUGCGGAGAUCGCAUCAACAUCAAGAAUCUGGUGACCUUUGGAAGCCAGCACAACGGUAUUGCAAAGUAUCAGCUCUGCAAAGAUGGAGAUUGGUUAUGCAAAGGAUAUAUUGGAUUACUCAAGGCAAACACCUGGGGUUCCUGGGUUCAAGGACAUCUUGUCCCAGCACAGUACUUCAAAGCCACAAACGAAACCACCGGCGAGCCGACCGACGAGUACCUCGAGGCGUCGAAUUUUCUUGCAGAUAUCAACAACGAGCGCGCGCUGAAGAACCCGGCGUAUGCAAAGAAUCUUGCGGCACUGGAUAACUUUGUCAUGUACGUGUUCGAGGACGACACAACAGUCAUACCGAAGGAGAGCGGCUGGUUUGCAUACACAAACCUUACCAGCAACGAGGUAACAGAGCUGAGGGAUCGUGAGAUUUACAAAGAGGACUGGAUUGGAUUGAAGAAGCUGGAUCAAAAGGGUGGUCUGCAUUUCAAGACCACCAAAGGUGGCCACAUGAACUUGGGCGACAAGGUUUUGAAGGAUGUCUUCAAGACUUACUUUUCUCCUCGAAGCGCAGAACAGGCUGGUUUAACUGGAGAUGUACAGGAUGUUAUGGAGUUGUAGUAUGUAAGUCUGUUUGGUCAAGGUACCAAUUAUUAGUUUGUCUGAGUAAAGGUGACUGAGCAUAUCGGUCUGAUCUGAUUAGCCUAUGCAGCGCAGGAUCGCUGGGUAGUUUUUCAGAUAGGAAUGCAGGAUUGAGACUAGUGGCCUCUUUGUUUUCCACAGAUUGUACCUGCUAUAUCGUGAAUUCAGGAAGGAGGGUUCGACCGGCUCAUAGGCAGGAACGCUAAGACCCCAAAUCCCCCGUACUUAUACCAGUCAAUGUACUCUAAGCCCGAAGGGUACUCAACACUUACUGUACUUAUCUGAUCCUGCGAAGCUGCACAUCAUGCAUAAAAUGCAGCCUCUC